AUGUAUGAAUUAUUUGACAGUUAUUUAACAAUAAUUAGAACAUUUAUUUAUAAACUCACUCUCUGAGGAAUGGGCUCACCAGAUAACUCCAUGAACAAUUUAGUGAGUAUUUGAGUCCUCCAAUGAAUUUACUGCUGGUUCAUUUCUUUCAGACUCAACAGAAGAAUGUCUUGUUGAAACACAGACUUUGGACAUUGCUCUUGACUUCUUUGGGGAAUGAUUUCUUUCCUUAUAUCUCUUGCAGGCAAGUCUGAAGUUGUAUUUAAAAUGCUUGUUACUGUCAACAUAAGCAUUCAUUAAUUUCAUUCUUUUUAAAAUACUACUCUUGACAAGUUUUCCAAGUCUCCUAUUUCUGGCUUCUAUUUCAUGCAGCUUGUUCUCUUCAUAUUCAGAGGUUGAUGAACCAUGAGAAUCAUCAUUGUUGGUAAAUUUUGGUGAGCUCAAAGUGAUAAUAUUUUGCAU